AUGAAAGCCCUGUUUCCAUUAAUAAACUCCAGCCUGGACCGGCAGAUCCACCUCUACCUCUUUAUUUCCCAGGACAUCUGUGGCAUUGCAACGCUGUAUGGAGCACUUCCUAAUUGCUUUUUAAAAUCUGCAUCAAUCGUGUUUCUGAAAUGCCUUGUAUGGACACAGAUGCUGCUGGUCCCACCUCUGGUCUUCCUGCUGGUUUUAACGGCGAGUCCGGCUCUCAAAGCAGGAAAAUGUCCCCGAGAGUGCGUCUGUGACGAUGGCACACUUACUGUGGUCUGUGUUGGUAAAAACCUAACGGAGGUUCCCCCCAGUGUGGAUGAGAUUACUGUGAAACUGGACCUGAGGAAUAAUAACCUCAAUAUGAUACCCAGGGGGGCCUUUACGCACACGCCAUACCUCACCCACCUCAGUCUGCAGCGCUGCAACAUCCACAAGGUAAAGGAGGGCACCUUCCGCGGCCUCGGACGCCUGGUCCACCUGAACCUGGCUCACAACAAAAUCGACGUCCUUUACCAGGAGUCCUUCGAUGGCCUCUCAUCCUUGAAGGAGCUGCAUCUGGACCAUAAUCGCAUCGAGGAGAUCCGGCCUGGAGCCUUCGGGCAGCUCGGCUUCCUCAGCGUGCUGGUCCUCACCCACAACCAGCUGGUUUACAUCCCCAACAUGGCCUUCCAGGGUCUGCAAAACAUCAAGUGGCUCCGUCUGAGCCACAACUCCCUGAACAACCUGGCACCUGAAGCCUUCGCUGGACUGUUCACUCUCAGUCGCCUCAGCCUGGAUCACAACGAGCUGCAGUUCUUCCCAACGCAGACUAUGACGAGACUUCCUGCAGUCACGCGCCUGGACCUGAGCUACAACCCCAUGAGCUACCUCGGGGAGGAAUCUGUGUCCAUGGCGAAGCUCACACACCUCCACCUCAACCACAUGUCCCUGCAGGACCUAUCAGACCGGGCCUUCUCCGGGGCCCCCUUCCUCUCCCACGUGGACCUCAGCUACAAUCAGCUCCGCUGCCUGGAGCCCCUCCGGGGUCCUGAACAGUUGUCCGUCCUCAACCUGACCGGCAACCCCCUCUACUGCAACUGCUACAUGCGGCCGCUGAGGGAGUGGGCGACAGCCGGAGGCGUGAAGCUGCUGGGAGCGUGUGCUGGACCGGCGCACCUCUCUGAUGAGCCGCUACAGGCGGUGACGUCCUCGGAUCUGCGCUGCCGCAGCAGGGGAGAGGCCCUGGAGGUGGAGGAGGAGCAGGAGGAGAAAGAAAACAUCACAGCCACGGCCAAGCCCAAGCAGACAGCCAGGUGUCCACUCAACUGUCAGUGUGAUACUGAAGCACAUCACGCCACAUGUGAGGGUCGGGGCCUGUCCAAAGUCCCGCGAGGCUUCCCUGCCACGACCCAGCUGCUGGACCUCCGGGGGAACCACUUCCAUCACAUCCCGGCCAGGAGCUUCCCGGGCAGCAGCCACGUUCUCUCUCUCCACCUGGAAUUCUGCAGAAUCCAUGAUAUUGAAGGCAAUGCCUUCCAGGCGAUGAAAAAUCUGCUUUAUUUGUACCUUUCUGACAAUGACCUCUCUUCUUUGGGUCCUAAAAUCUUUGCUGGAAUACCAAAGCUCACUUACCUCCACCUGGAGGGGAACCAGGUCAAGCAGUUCCCUGCAGCAGCUCUGUCCCUCUUGCCGAAUUUGUUUGUGUUACAUCUGGAGCGUAAUGCCAUCUCCAAACUUGAGCCCACUGGUCUGCUGUCUUCAGUAACGCCCACACUUAGGGAGCUGUACUUGAGCAACAACACCAUUACCGGUAUUGCCAGCGGUGCUCUCAGCUCCGCCCUCAUCGGAACGCUCCACCUGGAUUCAAACCGGCUGACGGAGGUGCCGACACAUGCGCUACCCGACGCCCCGAAUCUGGAGGAGCUCAACUUGUCUCACAACUCAAUCCCAGUCGUUGGACCGAAGGCUUUCCUGCCUGUAUCCCGAAGUCUGAACAGGCUUUACAUGGAUCGGACGGGAAUGGAAAAGAUGUCCAAGGAUGCUCUCGUGGGCCUGGGCCCGGCACUGAGGGUUCUGACCCUGAGAGGGAACCAGCUGAAGCAGCUUCCUGACCUCAGCCCGCUCACGGGUGUAGAGGCGGUGGACCUGCGGGACAACCCGCUGCUGUGUGACUGCACCCUGCUGCCCUUACGCAGGUGGAUGGAGAAAGCGAAGUUUGAGGUCACGGCAGCCUGUGGUCACCCUCCCGAUCUCAGGGGUCAGCAGGUCAGGGACGUUCACGUGUUCAAGUCCUGCCCAGAAAACAUUGCUCCUCCGGUUAAGAAGACUAACGUACACGCCCAACCUCCGAAAAUAAAGAAAUCUAAACUGAACUCCUUGAAGUCAACAAGUGUCAAAACUAGAAAGCCAAAGUUGGUUAAAGCAUCUAAAAAGCAGCCUCGGAGAAAGCCCGGGACGCCAAAAAUGGCCAAGAACAAGAAGAUUUAUUGAAGAGAUAACAAAGUUAGUGUUGUCAUCAGAGUGAUGGGCUCGAUCUUUCUGAUUGAAAC